AUGCCGCUUCUCAAUGCCGCUGGGGACACCAAGAGCUCUAUUGUCCAGCCCAAUGCUGUAAGGGGAGGAUGGCUAACUGAUUCUUCUGCCGCUCAUCCUUCUGGUCCUGCUGCUCGCGGCGUCGUCGCAUACACCCCGAAUAGAGACCUGCCAUCCAUUGCUUCCCGAACCGCUUAUUCUCUCAAUGACGGUGCGAUCCCCCCAGCGUCUCCUCCGAAGGUUGGUGCGGAGGGAAACGGGAGCAAGUGGUAUGCCCUAGAGUUGGAAGAUGGCACUGUCUACCAGGGCUACAGCUUUGGUGCGGACAAGAGCAUUGCCGGCGAGUUGGUAUUUCAAACCGGCAUGGUGGGCUACCCAGAAUCGAUCACAGACCCUUCCUACCGUGGCCAGAUCUUGAUCAUUACUUUUCCCCUGAUAGGCAACUAUGGUGUUCCCUCGCGUGAAACGGUCGAUGAACUUCUCGGUAAACAACUACCCAAAUAUUUCGAGUCCAGUGAGAUCCACGUCGCUGGCCUUGUGGUGGCAAACUACUCUGGAGAGGAUUACUCCCAUUAUCUAGCUGAGUCGUCUCUCGGUCAAUGGCUGAAAGAUCAAGGAGUGCCUGCCAUGCAUGGCGUCGAUACUCGCUCCCUCACCAAGAGAAUUCGAGAGAAUGGGAGCAUGCUUGGCCGCAUGCUUUUGCAGAAAUCCGAUGUCAGCGUUGAAACCUUGAACGGCGACGCACCGAGAAACGGCUUGGCAGCAGCAGCAGUUGAUGACGAAGGAGGAUCUGAUCUUUGGAGAGCAUCAUUUGAGAGUAUUGAAUGGGCGGACCCUAAUAAGAGGAACCUUGUUAACGAUGUGUCUAUCAGGAAUCCCCGUUUGUUUUCCCCGCCAACGGAUUCAACGCUUUUUCACCCUUCUGGUCGCCCGAUUAGAGUCCUGUGUGUUGACGUUGGUAUGAAAUACAACCAACUAAGGUGCCUUCUCUCUCGCGGCGUCGAAGUGCUGGUCGUCCCCUGGGAUUACGAUUUUCCCAGAUUGGCCGGAAAGGAAUAUGACGGCCUGUUCCUUUCAAACGGCCCAGGUAAUCCCGCUACGCUUUCAAAAACAGUGGAGAAUAUUAGAAUUGCUACCGAGGACUCCCGGACUCCGAUCUUUGGUAUUUGUCUCGGACACCAAUUACUUGCACGUGCUGCUGGUGCAUCCACCAUUAAGAUGAAGUUUGGUAACCGCGGUGCAAAUAUCCCUUGUACCAGUCUUAUAUCUGGUCGCUGCUACAUUACCUCUCAAAACCACGGAUAUGCAGUUGAUUCCAUGACUUUGGCAGAGGGCUGGGAGGAACUCUUCGUCAAUGCUAAUGAUGGGAGCAAUGAAGGCAUCAGACACGUUACCCGCCCAUUUUUUAGCGUCCAAUUCCAUCCGGAGAGCGCUCCAGGACCCCAGGACACAGAGUUCUUGUUCGAUGUUUUCAUCGAUGCUAUUAAGAGAAGCAUGAUAUCGCCUAGUGCCCUAGCAGAGCCUGUUAGCUUCCCUGGCGCCACUGCCGAAGAGAAUGAGCUUAGAAGCCCGAGAGUCAACGUUAGGAAAGUUUUAAUCCUCGGUAGCGGUGGUCUCAGUAUCGGACAAGCUGGAGAGUUUGACUAUUCUGGAAGUCAAGCCAUAAAGGCCUUGAAGGAAGAAGGAAUUUACACCAUCCUCAUCAAUCCUAAUAUCGCGACGAUUCAAACUUCCAAGGGCCUGGCGGAUAAGGUCUACUUCUUGCCUGUCAACGCGGACUUUGUCCGCAAGGUUAUCAAUCACGAACGGCCAGAUGCCAUCUACGUAACAUUCGGCGGCCAAACUGCUCUCCAGGUUGGAAUUCAACUCAAAGAGGAGUUCGAAAAACUUGGCAUUCGUGUUCUCGGUACUCCGAUAGACACUAUCAUCACCACAGAAGACCGUGAGCUCUUCGCGAGAAGCAUGGAAUCAAUCGACGAGAAGUGCGCCAAAUCCGCCUCUGCUUCCACACUCGAGGAAGCGAUGGAGGUUGUAAAGGAUAUCGGAUUCCCUGUCAUUGUCCGUGCUGCAUACGCUCUUGGUGGGCUUGGAAGCGGUUUCGCUGAGGAUCCUGACCAACUGCGGGAGCUGUGCAUGAAAGCCUUCGCUGCAAGCCCUCAGGUUCUCAUUGAGAGGAGUAUGAAAGGGUGGAAAGAGAUUGAAUACGAAGUGGUCCGCGAUGCUCGUGAUAACUGUAUCACAGUGUGUAACAUGGAGAAUUUUGACCCACUUGGUAUCCAUACUGGUGAUUCUAUUGUCGUUGCCCCAUCGCAAACUCUCUCCGAUGAGGACUAUAAUAUGCUUCGGACAACUGCUGUCAAUGUCAUCCGCCAUUUGGGUGUGGUUGGUGAAUGCAACAUACAAUAUGCGUUGAACCCAUUUUCAAGAGAAUAUUGCAUCAUUGAGGUCAAUGCUCGACUAUCAAGAUCAUCUGCACUCGCAUCCAAAGCAACAGGCUAUCCCCUCGCCUUCGUCGCAGCUAAACUUGGCCUGGGAAUCCCACUGAACGAGAUCUCGAACUCAGUCACCAAAGUCACCUGUGCUUGCUUCGAGCCUUCUCUUGAUUAUGUUGUCGUUAAGAUUCCACGUUGGGAUCUCAAGAAGUUCACCCGUGUCUCCACCCAGCUAGGGUCUUCCAUGAAGAGUGUUGGAGAGGUCAUGAGCAUUGGACGGACUUUCGAAGAGGCCAUACAGAAAGCCAUCCGUUCUGUCGACUUCCACAAUGUCGGAUUCAAUGAGACCAACGCGCUUAUGUCUAUUAAAGCUGAGCUCCAAACACCGUCCGAUCAGCGACUGUUCGCGAUCGCCAACGCUAUGCAUUCGGGGUACUCAGUCGACGAUAUCUGGGAAUUGACAAAAAUUGACAAGUGGUUCCUCCGUAAAUUGAAAGGCCUCAGCGAUUUUGGCAAAUUUAUGUCUGGCUACAAUGCCACCACCGCACCCGUUUCUCUUAUUCGACAGGCGAAGCAGCUCGGUUUUUCCGACCGCCAACUGUCAAAGUUCUUGAGCUCUAAUGAGCUGGCUAUCAGGCGGUUGAGAGUGGAAGCAGGUAUUGUUCCGGUAGUUAAACAAAUUGAUACGGUUGCCGCUGAAUUUCCAGCAUUCACAAACUAUUUAUACCUGACAUACAACGGUUCAGAACAUGAUGUGGACUUCAACGACCAAGGUGUUAUGGUUCUUGGUUCUGGCGUCUACAGAAUUGGCUCCUCUGUCGAAUUUGAUUGGUGUUCUGUGCGAACCAUUCGAACUCUGCGAGAGCAAGGGUAUAAGACAGUCAUGGUCAAUAUUUCCCGAAAACUUCUCAAGGUCCUCUGCUGCUCUGCCUCCACCAGUUUGGUUCCUGGUUGCUCUGGAGACAAUUCGAUUGCUAUGGCUUCUCCUGUGUUCUCUGCUUCAACGGCAUUAAAGCUCAUCAUGUCUGUUGUUUGGAAAUGCCUCUGCUAUGCCCGUCCACGCUUCAAACAUCCUCUAUUAGCAAGAUUCUUCGAUACCCAGGAAGAGUUGGAGGCAACUGCUGAGGGGAUCUCUCUCUCCUUCGCCUCCGGCCUCUUUGAUGUACUAAUAACUGUCAAGUUUAACCCCGAGACGGUGAGCACUGAUUAUGAUGAAGCGGAUAGGUUGUAUUUUGAGAACAUCAACCUGGAAACCGUCCUGGAUAUCUACCAACUUGAAUCUUCAAGCGGCGUUAUCAUAUCAAUGGGCGGACAGACACCGAACAACAUUGCCCUUCCUUUAUACCGGCUUAAUGUAAAUAUCCUUGGCACAUCUCCAGAGAUGAUUGAUACGGCGGAAAAUCGAUACAAAUUUUCGCGACUCCUUGACCAUAUUGAUGUCGACCAGCCUGCUUGGAAAGAACUUACAAGUAUAGAGGAGGCUACCGCAUUCUGUGCGAAGGUCGGAUACCCAGUGUUGGUGCGGCCUUCCUACGUGCUUUCAGGUGCUGCCAUGAACACAGUUUAUUCGUUGGACGAUCUUGCAAACUAUCUCAACCAGGCUGCUGAGGUCUCACGCGAGCACCCCGUGGUCAUUACCAAAUAUAUAGAGAGCGCCAAGGAAAUUGAAAUGGACGCGGUUGCGAGGAAUGGUGUUUUAGUCGGUCAUUUUAUUUCAGAACAUGUUGAGAAUGCUGGUGUGCAUUCCGGUGAUGCUACUUUGAUUCUUCCGCCCCAGGACCUGGACCCGGAAACCGUCAGACGGAUCGAGGAGGCGACUCGCAAGAUCGGCAAUGCUCUAAAUGUCACUGGACCUUUCAACAUCCAGUUCAUUGCCAAGGAUAACGACAUUAAAGUCAUCGAGUGCAAUGUGAGGGCAUCUAGAUCCUUCCCAUUCGUUUCCAAGGUUAUGGGCGUUGACUUGAUCGAAAUGGCAACGAUGGCGAUGAUCGGCAAGCCCUUCACUGAGUAUCCGCCUGUCACCAUUCCCAAGAAAUAUGUCGGAGUCAAAGUUCCCCAGUUCUCAUUCUCUCGCCUUUCUGGUGCCGACCCUGUGCUCGGCGUGGAGAUGGCCUCCACUGGCGAAGUUGCAUGCUUCGGUCGUGACAGAUACGAGGCUUAUCUCAAAGCUCUGAUUUCAACUGGCUUCAAGCUCCCGAAGAAAAACGUCCUCUUCUCCAUCGGCGCUUUCAAGGAGAAGGUUGAGAUGUUGCCAUCUAUCAGAAAGCUGCACGCGCUUGGCUACAAUCUUUUUGCGACAGCUGGUACUGCGGACUAUCUCAAGGAGCAUGGACUUCCCGUCAAGUACCUCGAUGUUCUUGCGGGAGAGGAGGAGGACCUCAAGUCGGAAUAUUCUCUUACGCAACAUUUGGCUAAUAAUUUGAUUGAUCUCUACAUCAAUCUUCCCUCCAGCAAUAGGUUCCGACGGCCUGCAAACUACAUGAGCAAGGGAUAUCGAACACGUCGAAUGGCUGUCGACUACCAGACUCCGCUGGUUACCAACGUUAAAAACGCGAAGCUCCUGAUUGAGGCGAUUGCACGCCAUUACUCUAUGAACGUGAUGAGCAUCGAUUGCCAAACAAGCUAUCGAGCAGUUAUUCUCCCCGGCCUCAUCAACGUCGCAGCCUUCGUGCCGGGACUCGCUAACCCUGAUUCUCCAGAUUUCCAGGUGGUGACCAAGGCCUCCAUCGCUAAUGGUUUCAGCAUGGUCCGCAUCAUGCCAGUGGGCGUUGAUAGCUUCGUUACUGACUCCCAGGCACUCAGAACGGCCCAGCAUAAUUCGUCUAAGGGCUCGUACUGCGAUUUCAAUCUAUCGGUCACGGCAACAUCUACUAAUUCAGAGAAAGUUGGCCUAAUCACCAGCGAAGUCGGUUCGUUGUUUAUCCCAUUCAAUCACCUAGCGGGCAACAUCAACAAGGUUGCAACGGUUACUUCGCACUUUGCUUCGUGGCCGACCAACAAACCUAUAAUCACCGAUGCCAAAGCAACAGAUUUGGCGUCAAUUUUACUCCUUGCCAGCCUCCACAAUCGCAAUAUCCACGUCAUGAGUGUUACUAGCAAAGAGGACAUCGGCCUAAUUGCACUUAGCAAGGAGAAGGGCCUGAAAGUGACAUGCGAUGUCGCGAUCUACUCUCUUUUCCUGUCUACGGAUGAUUUCCCCGGUUGUGCCUGCCUACCUUCGAAGAAAGAUCAAGAAGCGCUCUGGGAACACUUGGAUUCUAUCGACAUAUUUUCCAUUGGCAGUCUUCCAUACCAGGUUGCCGGCAAAAAUGCCUCUCCCGCAGUUGGAAUCCAAGACGCGCUUCCCCUCCUUUUCACAGCGGUUUCUGACAAGCGAUUAACGGUUGAAGAUAUCACAUCCAGACUCCACGAUAACCCGAAGAGGGUUUUCGAACUCCAUGACCAGCCAGAUGCCUCCGUGGAGAUUGAGUUUGACAGGCCAUAUGUGUUCCAAGGCCAUGAUGUCUGGUCGCCAUUUGCUGGUACUACUCUGAAGGCAUCUGUCCGACGAGUUACAUUCCAAGGCAAGACGUCAUGCUUGGAUGGUAAAGUGAUACCAGAUGCACCGAGGGGCACUGAUAUGUCCGCUCACCGGUUAACGCCACCGCCUCAAGGAUCGCCCGCUGUUAAGGAUAUUCUUUCCACAUCUCCGCGGCCGGAAAGUGCUCUUGGGAGACGGUUGUCUUUCUCGGCCACACCACUCCAGCGCCCAACGAGAUUCAAACCUAAUGCUCCUGAUGGAUAUGCUCCAUCUGCUUCGGGAGAUGAAUUCGUGACUGUUGCUCCAAUGUACCCAUAUCCGUCCCAGGUUUCCCCUUCGUUGCAACAGCUGCUUUCGCAAUCGUCUUUUAAACAGAAACAUAUCCUAUCUGUCGGUCAGUUCACUCGCACUGAUCUACAUCUCCUAUUCACGGUUGCGCAGGAGAUGCGACUAGGCGUCCAACGCCAUGGCAUUCUCGACAUCUUGAAAGGCCGCGUCCUUACAACACUAUUCUUCGAGCCCUCUACUCGUACAUCCGCCUCGUUCGAUGCCGCUAUGCAACGACUAGGCGGCAGAACCAUUCCAGUUUCCACCGAGCAUUCUUCUACUCAGAAAGGCGAAACCCUCCAGGACACUGUCCGCACCUUGGGCUGUUACAGCGAUGCAAUCGUCCUUCGGCACCCAGAUGACAGCAGUGCUGCCACCGCUGCCAAAUUUUCCCCGGUCCCCAUCAUCAACGCCGGAAACGGAGCCGUGGAACACCCCACCCAAGCAUUUCUCGAUCUCUUCACCAUCCGCGAGGAGCUCGGAACCGUCAAUGACAUCACAAUCACUUUCACUGGUGAUUUGAAAUAUGGCCGCACCGUGCACUCCCUCGUAAAGCUGCUCCAAUUCUACGAAGUGCGCAUCCAGCUCGUGUCUCCCAAGGCGCUUGCUAUCCCGGAGGAGGUCCGCCAACAGCUCGUCUUAUCCGGUCAGCUUAUUCUCGAGUCGACGGAGCUUACACCGGAAAUCAUCGCACGGUCGGAUGUGCUUUACUGUACGCGCGUGCAGAAAGAGCGCUUCAAGGACUCGAACGAAUAUGAGCAGUUGAAGAACGUGUUCGUCAUCGAUAACACGGUGCUUAAGCAUGCGAAGAGCCAGAUGAUUGUUAUGCACCCCCUGCCGCGCAACCAGGAGGUAUGUGAGGAGGUUGAUUUUGACCAGCGUGCGGCUUAUUUCAGACAGAUGAAAUAUGGGCUUUACUGCCGCAUGGCAUUACUCGCAUUGGUCAUGGCAUCGUGA